UUGCCAUCAUUAAAGAUGGCGUCACUUCUACUCUGAACGAUUUUCUUGUUGCCGAAAAAAGUCAAAUUUCUCGCAUAAAACUCAACCGCCGGCCGCCAAAUUCGAUCGAAAAGUCCACGUCCUCCACCGCGGCGCGAUUAUAUGGUGAAAUUGUGGCAGUGCGUGCGCGAAAUACGCAGGAAACAGCAGCGAAUCGGGUGUACCAAACCGAACCAGAAUUUGAGUGCAACCGAACACAGCAGCUGAAAGCUAAAAAAGCAUCUUCAAUCUCCGUACUCCGUGACGUAGGCAAAUAAGAGAGCACAACUAAGGAGAAGCAGAGAAAUCAAGCAACUGAGUAACCAAGAAACUGAGACACAGAAACUAAGAAACUGAGAAAUCGAGAAACGCGAACUGCAAAAGUGCAUGUGAUGCCAAAUAUCCAUAAAAAACAAUAAGAAAACAACCAGCAACAGCGAAGGUCGACGAGACGAGGACUAUGUGAAUGCAGCAAUCUAAAGUUAGCCAGCCAGCAGCACUCCUCUCUCUCUUUCUCUCGGUGAACCAAAUUGAUGUGCCAUUCAGGAGCAGCUGAAGCAGGAGCAGCAGCAGCGCCAGCAGAAGCGGAGACAGAGGAUCAGAAUCUGAAUCAGAAUCAGAAUCAGAGCAACGCAGAAGCUAAGCGAGAGUAUUAUCAAGAGUAAGGCGCAUCGCAAAUGCAACAAUCCCUCCAGUAAACAAUACAAAAACAAAAUAAAACUAAAACCAACACAAGAAGCGACGAAAGCGGAUAGCUGAACAGCAACAACACAGCAGCAGAGGCAGAAGCAGCUAAUUGCUUGUCCCACUUUACUAUUCCAGUGUACAUACAACUGUAACGAAUUUAAACCAAAUCCAGGCAGCUAAACAACUUCACGCCCAAGGGACCCCGUUUGAUAGAUGCCAAGAUAAGUCGUUACCGCUUUGACACCGCCAUCACCAUUACACAGCAACAGAAGCUGCUCCAGCUACUCCAGCAACAGCAGAAGGAGAACGCUCCCAAAGGCAAGAAAAAGCACAAGCAAAAGUUGCAGUUGCAGCAGCAGCAGCAGUUGCAGUUGGUGAUUGGCCAGGAAUUACACCCGGAAUCAGACGCAGAAACAGGAGCAGAGCUGUUGGGAUUAACCAGGAGUGACGAAAACAACUGCAAGACGCCAAACUCAACCGCAAAAGUCGCCAACAUAACACAUAAAAUUUUCGGUUGGCUACGCAAAUCACGCAACAAACGGCCAGUCGAGAUCCUCAACAGCGAUUUCGGCGAAGACGGCGACGAGGGCGUUGGCGAGGGCAGAGGCCAAGGCGCAGGUGAGGGUGGAGGAGCAGCUGCUGCUGCCGGUGCCGGUGCAGCCGAUCAAUUUUCAGUGGCAAGCGUUAGGAACAAAGCCGGCAAGCUGAAUACCACACAGACAGCCACGGAGACCGCCAUCGAUUCAAACGAACCCAAAUCUGAAAAGAUGUCAUCGGGCACGUUUGUGGAUCGAAUCGACCCGUUUGCCAAACGUUCGCUCAAGAAGAAGGGUAAAAAGAGUCAAGGUUCCUCGCGCUACAGAAAUUCUCAGGAUGUUGAGCUGCAGCAAUUGCCGCCGUUAAAAGCUGAUUGCUCCAGCCUAGAACAGGAGGAGCUGUUCAUACGGAAGCUGCGCCAGUGUUGCGUUUCCUUUGACUUUAUGGAUCCCGUCACGGAUUUAAAGGGCAAGGAGAUCAAGCGGGCCGCACUCAAUGACCUAUCCACCUAUAUAACACAUGGGCGCGGUGUGCUUACGGAACCGGUCUAUCCGGAAAUAAUUCGCAUGAUAUCAUGCAACCUAUUUCGCACGUUGCCGCCCAGUGAGAAUCCCGAUUUCGAUCCCGAGGAAGAUGAUCCAACUUUGGAGGCGUCUUGGCCACACCUCCAGCUGGUCUACGAGGUCUUCUUGCGUUUCCUGGAGUCGCAGGACUUCCAGGCAACCAUCGGCAAACGGGUGAUUGAUCAAAAGUUUGUCUUGCAGCUUUUGGAGCUCUUCGAUUCGGAGGAUCCGCGAGAGCGGGACUUUCUGAAGACGGUGUUGCAUCGCAUCUACGGAAAGUUCCUGGGACUGCGAGCCUUUAUUCGAAAACAGAUCAACAACAUAUUCUUGCGAUUCAUUUACGAGACGGAGCACUUUAAUGGAGUCGGUGAGCUUUUGGAAAUUCUCGGCAGUAUCAUCAACGGAUUCGCUUUGCCCCUGAAGGCCGAACACAAGCAGUUUUUGGUCAAGGUCCUGUUGCCGCUACACAAAGUCAAAUGCCUGUCGCUCUAUCACGCUCAGCUGGCGUAUUGCAUUGUACAAUUCCUAGAGAAGGAUCCAUUCCUUACCGAGCCUGUGGUGCGUGGGCUUCUCAAGUUCUGGCCCAAGACGUGUUCCCAAAAGGAGGUCAUGUUCCUGGGUGAAAUUGAGGAGAUACUCGACGUGAUCGAUCCGCCGCAGUUUGCCAAGAUCCAGGAGCCGUUGUUCCGCCAGAUUGCCAAAUGCGUGUCAAGUCCACAUUUUCAAGUUGCUGAGCGCGCACUCUAUCUGUGGAACAAUGAGUAUGCCAUGUCGCUCAUCGAGGAGAACAACGCGGUCAUCAUGCCCAUUAUGUUCCCGGCCCUGUACCGCAUCAGCAAGGAGCACUGGAAUCAAACCAUUGUGGCACUCGUCUACAACGUAUUGAAGACGUUUAUGGAGAUGAAUUCGAAGCUGUUUGACGAGCUGACUUCCAGCUAUAAGGCGGAGCGGCAAAAAGAGAAAAAGCGUGAGCGCGACCGCGAAGAGCUGUGGAAGAAGCUGCACGAACUCGAAUCCAAUCGUUCUACUGGGCGCUCCGCUGGCGGCAGCGCUGCGACAUCGAACAGCGCAGUCCCUGCGGCGUCAACGUCCCUGCAGCCACCUAGCUCCGCCGGUCUGAACUCUCAUCAGCAGCAGUCGAAUAGCAGCAGCAGCGGCAGCCUGUCCAGCGGCGGAGCCGGCGGCGACAAUAAUCCUGCGACCACAAAUGCGAAAAUCAAACAGGAGGUCAAGGCGGAGAACUAAGCAAGCAGGCAACGCGAGGCGCGCUGGAAACUAAUAAUAAAAACAAAACCAACAUCAGUAGGAGCGUAAAGCUAACGCGCUAUCCGAUAACCGUAAAUGGCAGAGACAACAACAACAGCAGAAGCAAGCAUCUAAAGGAGAAAGAAAUAUAGUUAUACUAAAACAAACACACACACACACACACAUA